AUGCCGGCAUGCCGCCUGUCGCGCCACCGCCGCCUCCUCGCGCCAUUACCACGCCAAGUCACCCAACGCCGUGCGGCGGCUUCGUGGGCGGCGGCCGUGGCCGACCACGCGCGCUCUGGACGCCACGCCGCCGCGCUCACCGUCUUCCGGCGAGUCCUCGCCGCUCACCCGGCCGCGGCCGCCGACGAGCUCGCCUACUCCGCGCUCCUCCGCUGCCGCGACGACCGCCUGGCCUACCAGAUACACGCGCAGGCAUGCCGCCGCGGCCUCGCCGCCUCCAACCCCGUCCUCGCCUGCUCCCUGCUCGCCUUCUACUCCUCGGCGCGGUCGGACCACCCGGCCGCCGCCAAGCUGUUCGGCGAAAUGACCCGCAGGGACGCCGUCUCCUACACCGCCAUGAUGUCGGCCUUCCUCCGCGCCGGGGAGUGGGCCCAGGCCCUCGCGCUCUACCCUCGCAUGCUCGCUGACGCCGCGCCGCCCACCGAGCGCACCUUUGCCAUCCUGCUGGCUCUCUGUGCCUCCCGGCGGCUGUGCCGCCAUGGGAGGCAGCUCCACGCGCAGCUCCUUCGUUGGGGGGCGGACCUUAACCUGGUCCUCAAGACCGCGCUUGUCCACAUGUACUCCUGCUGCGGCUUCAUGGGCCAUGCCCACGCCGUGCUCCGCUCCACGCCCGAAACCGACGUCGUGCUCUGGACAGCCAUGAUUGCCGGCUACUCGCGGACGGGAGACCUUCAGGCCGCUCUGCGGAUGUUUCAUCACAUGGAGCUCGCCGCGGUGCCGCCCAAUGCAUUCACCUUCGCGGGGAUCAUCACCGCCUGCUCUUCCUCCGGCCAUCCUCAGGAGGGUUUCCAAGCUGGACGGCAGCUCCAUGCCCGAGUAUUCAAGUUUGCUCUGGAGCACGACGUCUCUGUCUGCAAUGCGCUCGUCGACUUCUACAGCAAGUCAUCCGCCCGGUUACUCGACUUGGUCCAUGCGUUCAAUGCUUCUGACAGGCCGAAUGUGGUGUCCUGGACCGCCUUCAUCUCUGGACUUGCACGCCAUGGCAGAGACGAGGACGCGUUUGCAGCAUUCGCCGAGAUGCGGGCUAGUGGGGUGCAACCCAACUCAUUCACCGUCUCCACCCUUCUCAAGGGCUGCAGCUCCUCGCAGUCUUUCCUACAUGCUGCGAAAAUCCAUGCUUAUGUGCUCAAGACCAGCUUCGAGUCUUUGGAUGUGGCUGUUGGGAACUCGCUGGUUGAUCUUUACUCCAGGUUUGCAAGAAUGGAUGAAGCAUGGGCAGUGGCAACAACAAUGGCAUUUGUAAGGGACAGCUUCACAUACACAAGUCUAGCCAAGGGGCUGAAUCAGGCCGGCCUUCCAAACAGGGCCCUUGAGAUGAUAGUCCACAUGUUUCAGGAGGAGGUCCAGAUGGACGGUUUUAGUCUCGCCUGCUUUCUCUCUGCUGCUGCGGCCCUGCCAUCCAUAGAGCCUGGGAUGCAGUUGCACUGCUGCUCGCUGAAAUUGGGGUUGAGCAGUCAAGUCUCGGUUUCUAACAGCCUUAUCAACAUGUACAGCAAGCACAAGUGUCUGCAGGAUGCUAAAAGUGUGUUCCAGUCAAUUAGGGAGCCGAGUGUUGUGUCCUGGAAUGCAUUAAUAUCAGGGCUGUCAUCCAAUGGAUCUUAUUAUGAAGCAUUGUCGGUCUUCGAAGACAUGACACUGGGUGGGGCUCAGCCUGAUGACAUCACUUUCUCUGUUGUUCUCUACGCCUGCACUCAGGGUGGCUUGAUUGACAUUGGGAUCAAACAUUUUAACUCUAUGAGGAAACAGUUUGGUGUUUCCCCACAAAGGAGCCACUACACACUCUUUCUGGAUAUGUUAGGACGAGCGGGUCGUCUUACAGAGGCGGCAUGCACCAUUGAGACCAUGCCUAUACAGCCUGACUUGUCGAUGUACAAGUGUCUGUUGGCAUUUUGCGAGCUCCAUAACGAUCUGGUUGUUGGCGAAAACGUUGCAAAGAAGGCACUAGAGUUAUAUCCAUCAGACACAGUAUUGCAGAAUAUGCUUUCAGCCAUCUGUGGUGCUCCUUGGAAACAUGAGUGCCGUGUACAUGCACACAAGAUGAAGAGUGGUGCAGCUAUUUCUUUCGACAUCUCAACAUCGAGCAUGAGAUGA